CGGACAUGAUGGCUGCUCUUGGAAGGCUCUCAGGAAUUCUUCGUGGCUCAUUGCCCAGCCGUGGUAGACUAUUUUCGGCAGCAGCUUCAGAGCAAGAACAUGCCGGGGCGGUUCGCACCUGGAAGAUCCUGACCUACGUUGUAGCUUUGCCUGGUGUCGCAGUCUGUAUGUUGAAUGCCUACCUGAAGAUGCAACAUCAUUCCCAUGAGAACCCCGAGUUUAUUCCAUACGAGCACUUGAGAAUCCGCACAAAGAAAUUUCCAUGGGGAGAUGGAAAUAAGAGUCUGUUCCACAAUGCUCAUGUAAAUGCUCUUCCCAAUGGCUAUGAAGAGUCAGAACAUUAAACUUGGGGACCAUUUAUCUGUCAGACCAGUGUUUUGUGGACACAAAUGGAAUAUAGGGAUCACAGUUCUGUACUUAAGGCUAUAAAUUCCCUUCUGAGCUCCUUCCACAACCGCAGCUAUUUAAAUAAAAUGUGUUCUGUCUACAAGAGUAAACUGUGUGUGAUUAUCUCUAGGUUUGAGAAAUAUUUAUUCUAAUACCUUUUCAGUGUGCAGUAAUUGCUCUUAUGUAAGUUAUAUCUACAAUUUUAUUAGACAUUUAAAUUUAUAAAGAAAACUUAGAAAAUUUAACAGUGUAUGUUUACAGUUUUAAAUUAGCUCAAAUAUACUAUGUAUGGCAAUAGGCAAAUCACAAUAAUAUAAAUGGUAUUCUCCUUUUAUAAGUGUUUUUACACUGCAUAACCAUUAGAGCAAAGUGCAAAACAAAUUCAUACUAUUGUAUAAAAAGAGUAAUUCACCUCUCGCUUACGUCCAGUGGUAUACUGAGUAAAAGAUAGUGAUAUGCAGUCAUUAUGCUGAUAAUUUAUUGUAGUUUCUCAUACAUUUGAUAGGGCCAACUCCCCAAUCAUGCUUGAAAUGCGGGAAUCUACAAUAAAUUCCUAUGUACCAUAA